AACCUCUUUUGACAACAUAGCAAAAGGGACUUGCGCAUAGGACUCACCAGUGCUGUAUUACGCUGUGCUGUGCUUUUACUAGGGGAAACCUUUAGAAGGUGGCAGAUUGACAGACGUCCUCACACACUGUAACCAUGGAGACAAUGAGAAGCCUGCUGUCCCGGUCCCAAGGGUCUCAUUCAAUCUACAAGCACCGUGCCGGGAGGGGCGGGACCCUGAGCCUCGAUGGGCGUGAGGAGGAGGAGGAGGAGGGCGGGGCCGAGAUGAAGAUGGCCGAAGCUGAGCCUGGCGACAACCCUGAGGUGACCUCUCUGACCCGUGACAUCACCAACCUGGUUCUGCGCAAACCUCCAGAUCACCAGAGGGCACUGCUGUACCUCAUACUGACUGCUCUGCUUAUCUUUAUAGCAGCCUUCUUGCUCGGCUACCUGGCGUUCCGCAGAUCGUGUCAGUCCUGCUCGGAGGGGGGUGCUGGGUUUGUGUCGGUGGACGACCCCCCCGAUUCGGACUCUACCCCUCAGGGGGGCGUGCUGUACUGGGCGGGGCUCAGAGACAUGCUGCAGAAAUACCUCGGAGACGAAUCCAUAGAGAAGACAGUGCGUCGGUUCAGCCAGUCCUCUCACCCCCCUGGCUCUGUGGAAGGGAAGACUCUGGCUGCAGAGGUUCUGGAGACAUUUAAGAAGCUGAAGCUGGAUCACACCUGGACUGACUCUCACUACGCCAGGCUACAGUUCCCUGACCGGAUGAAGCCCAACUCCCUGCAUGUUGUUGACAGUGCGGGACGCACAGUUGGAGUCGUUGCUCUGGAGAGCCCGGCUGCGUACUGCGCUUACAGUGCCACAGGGAACAGCACGGGGAGUCUGGUCUAUGUGAAUUACGGACGGAAGGAGGAUUUCGAGGCACUGCAGAAACUCGGGGUGCAGGUGAAGAACAACAUCAUCAUCACCAGGGUCGGCAAGAUCAGCUUCGCAGAGAAGGUUGCGAACGCAGAACAGUUUGAGGCUGUGGGGGCGCUGGUGUACCCAGAUCCCGCGGAUAUACCACAGGACCCCCGGGGCUGGGUGCUGUCCGUGUGGGCCACUGCCAUCUCUGCGCGAACAUUCCUCCCUACCGUCCAAUCACAGGUCCACCUCGGGUCAGGUGACCCCUACACCCCUGGCUUCCCCUCCUUUAACCACACCCAGUUCCCUCCCAUCCAAUCAUCCGGCCUGCCCAGCAUUCUGGCUCAACCAAUCAGCGCCAACGUGGCCUCCAAACUGCUCAGUCAGCUGUCAGGCCCAGACCCCCCCAGGUCGUGGCGCGGACGCCUGCCCUACGUGACCUACAGACUGGGCCCCAGUUUGACCAGUGCAGACCAGCGGAAGUUCAGACUGGAAGUCAAUAACUACAUGAGCUCCGUGCUGAUCAAUAACAUCUUCGGGUCUGUGGAGGGCAAGGUGGAGCCGGAUCAAUACAUCAUUCUCGGAGCUCAGAGGGACUCGUGGGGUCCUGGAGCCGCCAAGUCCGGGGUGGGCACUGCCAUCCUGCUGGAGCUUGCGAGGACCUUCAGAGCCAUGGUUCAAAACGGGUUCCAGCCCCGGAGGAGCUUGCUGUUUGUCAGCUGGGAUGCCGGGGAUUUUGGCAGUGUGGGCGCCACCGAGUGGCUGGAGGGUUACCUGACAAUGCUGCACCUGAAAGCGGUCGCCUAUUUCAGUCUGGAUAGAGCCGUGCUGGGGGACGACCACUUUCGUGCCUCGGUGGCAUUACCACUAAGCCCCCUGCUGGUGAAUCUCAUCGAGGGAGUCAUCAAACAGGUGGACAGUCCUAAACACCCGGGACAGACCAUCCACUCCCAGCUGCUGAGACAGGGGCUACACUGGAAGAGCGAGGUGGUCAGAGCCCUGUUUCUGAACAGCGGUGCUUACAGCUUCACUGCGUUUGGGGGGGUGCCUGCCAUGGAGAUCGGCUUCACACAGGACUCCCGCCCGUACCCCUUUCUCAACACGGAGCAAGAUACCUUUGAGAACCUGCAGGUGGCGCUGCAGGGCAGGCUGGGGGCGCUGGGCCGCGCGGCGGGGGAGAUCGCGGGGUUGAUGGCGCUCAGACUGGUUCAUGACCGCAUCCUGCCCCUGGACUACUCCUGCUACAGCGAGAGUACCCUGCAGUUCAGUGCACAGCUGAACAAAUUCAGCAAGGAGCUGCAGUCCCGCGGUCUCACCCUGCAGUGGAUCUUCUCCGCCCGCGGGGAUUAUAACCGCGCCGCGGACGAGCUGCACAGAGCCAUCCUGAACAGCGACGAGAGUGACGAGAGGCUGGUGCGUCUCUACAACAUGAGGAUCAUGAGGGUGGAGUACUACUUCCUGUCUCAGUACGUGUCUGCGAUGGAGACCCCGUUCCGGCACAUCCUGCACGGCCGGGGGCCCCACACCCUGGGGGCCCUGCGGGAGCACGUGGCUCUGCUGAGGGAAGAGCCCAGCCGCUUCGACGAGGCCCGCUUCCGCAGACAGCUCGCAUUGCUCACCUGGACCCUGCAGGGGGCAGCAAACGCACUGAGCGGCGAGGUGUGGGAUAUCGACAAUCUGGAUACAUCGAACAAAACGCGUCUCCUCCUUCAAAACACAGACUUGAGAUUUGGCAGCUGCAGCAGUGCCCUCUGGUGGCCCUGUUGCUAA